AGGAACAGUAUUCUGGCCGCAUUUUGCGGGCCCGGAUGGACCAAGCACUCUUGUUUCAGCGGUUCUUAGCCUAAGUCGAUCGAAUCUACCGACGCAACUUGAUGCGACGUCGGGAUGCUGCUUUCAUUCCCUCGUCGGCGCUAUCUAUUUGGUUUUUGUCCGACUUUGGCGAUUGCCUGAUGCAAUUGCAAACAAUACACCAUUCCACACUAAAAACAAUUUCAAUUCCCACCCUGAAUACGAAACCCGAUUUCGAUUUUUAAAGCAGUUCUUUUCCGCCUUAACAAAAUGAAAUCAUUGGCACCGCCAACGAUGUCGGUGAUUUUUCCCUGGUCCUCCGACCGGGUCACACUUGAUGUCCUCCGGUUGUUCAUCGCCCUCCACACCGCUCUCUACUUCUUCCCCACUCUCGUCAAAGCGAGGACCUUCCCGGAUCGGUCGCAAAGCACGAGCGGGCGGGAGUUUCUCCUUCCCCCGGGGGCCGGGGUCCCGUUCGUCGAGAGCCAGAACCCCUUGGCGCGGACCGCGUUACCCUGGAACGAGGGGACGUACAUGUCCCGGUACGUAUGCAGCGACUUUUUGUCACCUGGCCGUGCCGUGGAAACUGAAAGUGUCGCUGAGCAGGCGCAGGCCUGCGGGCUCCUGCUGGCCAGAAACUUUACGGUGAAGGUUCAUGAGAACAAUGUAGAUCGUGCUCCCGCCUCUGCUCCUGCAAGCAACGAUGUUCAACAUCUGGAUGAAGUAAAAAAAGCUGUUCUAGGAAGGUCAAGUACCGGCUGGACUCGAUCCCUUUCGGACGACAGCACCGCGCCUUCAGAAGUAGAACAGCACGUGGGUCGCGACGUCUUCGCAAGCGAUAACUCUGGCGGUGCUCCUGGUGGAGCAUCCUCGUCUUCGCAGAACAACCCUAAAGCAGAAUUGUUUUCAUCUUCACUGCAAGAAGUCGUGCAAAAACAAGCAACAGCCUCCGAGAACAAAUAUCACCUCGAUGAUCUCGACUUCUACGCCGCCGCAAGCCAGCAUGAUGCUGCAACUAUGAGAAACACCUCUGACGACUUUGACUGCUGUUGGGCGAAUGAAGUACUGGAUCGCGCUCGAGCUACUCUUGGAGAUGGGUAUAGAAAUCACGAUCCUUUAUUUCAGAGUGAUGUUUGCAGGAACGUCACGCGAGAGGGGGACCUACAUCUGUCGCGGGGAUUUGACACGGACCCCAACGUCGAUGUAGUUCAGAGCCUGUUAUGCUCCCAGUGGAAGCAGGUGCAGCGGUACUGCGUGGACCAUUAUGGGGAAGAUUUGGACCUGGACAGCAUCAAAUGCAAAAAUGUCUGGGUCUGGAACAAAGCAACUUGUCAUGCUAAUAGUCUGAAUCAUGUAAAAAUUUGUGUUGCAUGAUUACCAAAAGCUGUCCACUUUUGACCUAAUCGAGAGGCAGCUUCUCAUGCAGGAUUGGCAUGAGAGAACUCUCACAGAAUCUAUCAUGCUAUGUCCUACAUACCAGACCUCAUGGGUCAUGGAAAACCUGCAUGACAAGUCUGGCACUCUUCCAGACCCAGACACUUUGACAUUUGAUAGGGUCCGAUGGCAGUGCCGCGGAGGAAAAGGAGCAGUAUCAAAAGGAAAAAUCCCCCCUCCCCAUAUCAGAAGGAAGUUUCUGAUGCUGGAUUUGCGUAGACAAAUCAGCUUUGUAUUGCAGAGAGGCACUGCGGGCAGAUCUCCGGGCUAGAUAGGGGCGUAUGUGUCUAGUUGUUCAGCAUGGCAAACGGCUGCCCUUUAGGCCCAACAGCAUGACAGAUCGCCUCUAUAAUGGGGCGGAAGCUCGUCCGGUGGGGAGCUACCUCCCCACCUCCCCCCAGCACUGGGGAGGUACCUCCCCACCCUAGGAAGGCACCUCCCCACACAUGGGGAGGCACCUCCCCAGGGUGGGGAGGUGGGGAGGUGAUACGUGGGGAGGUGAUUCACACCAUAACCAAAAGUAUCGUACUCGUAGUAAUUGCAGUCAUGCAUGACAAGUCUGGUUCCUCAGCUUAUUCAGCAUUACAAAUUCCAUUUUUCCUUCUGGAAAAAUUUGUAAUGCUAUUUUUACUAGUGGUGUUCAACGUCGUGUUCGAGCAUACUAUAACCACUGCGUGGACCAUUAUGGGGAAGAUUCAUCAAAUGCAAAUAUGUGGUCUGGGCCGGGAAGAUUGCAACUUGUGAUGCUGCAUUUAGAUUCCAAAAAAAUCUGUAUUGCAUGAGCAGCAAAGGGAGUGCAAUUUUUGCUACGCGGAGAGGGCAUUUGUCAUGUGGAAUAGGCAUCAAGAAGCCCUCAAAAAAUCUGUGACGCUAGGGCAUGCGUCACAGACUUCAUGGCUCAUGCAAAACGUGCAUCAGAAUCUUCCAGACCCAGACAUAUUUGCAAUGCAUAAGAUUUGAACCUGGACAACAUCAACGCGAGCAGUGACGAGCACCCCGGGAAGCAAGAGGUCGCAGGGUCGGGUGUCGGUGCUGAUGUGAAGAGGUUCUCCAUUUUCACUCCGAGAACGAAUUAUUCUACUUCGGGAACAGCUGCUGCGGUUGUUCACGAAAAAGACGGAGCAGCGUCGCAAGAAGGGUGUACAGUAGAACCACCAGGAGAACCGAAUUCUAGCAACUACUCGGAUCAUCAUCAUCAUCAUCAUCGUCCUGCUGGUUUUCAGUACAGACCUUUUAGCACCACGAAAACCACGGAAGAUCCAGACGGGCGAAAUCGCCCACCUUUGCUGUCUUCAACAGAUGAGCUCGACAAGACGUGUUCAUCUAAAAGCUCGUGCAAUCUUCGGGAAACUCCGGAACUCCAGCUUUCUUCCGCUAGCACGGCGUCCACGUUGAGCAGUAGCUCAAGAAACAACUACAACUCGCUAUUCACGGGGGCCAAUCAUUACGUUGAGCCGCCGAUACUAGUAGCACGAGGGAAGGCGCAAGCGCAUGAAGACACAACUCUAGGAGGGUUGUCCCCAUUAGCCCUGCCGCCGAGAGGAGGAAGCGCGACGCCCGCUGCGAUUAUUUCGGUGCCACAUUUCCGUCUGGACGACGUAGACGACGAAGACGAUGAGGAUGAUGUCAGCCAGGCAGAUUCCUGCGACACCAUCACCUUUAUGCUCGACCGAGAAGAGGACGGAGAACCACUGUGCGAUGAGGAGGCGCAGCGCGACGUGUCAAGAAGUGCUGAUAACCUCAGAACUUCUCAGAUGCGCAUGCGUCACAUGGAUAGUAGCACACAGGAUUAUGAUAGCGUGUUCCGUUCACGAGAGUGCUGCGCCGAGUUGUUUCAUCCUACCAGCAGCAGAGGUGUUGUGCCACGAAUUGUGUUUCCAUCCGAACAGCAGCAAAGCGAACCUUCCACAGGUGCGACCGCGGCGGGUUCGAGCCACGAUAGUUUCGUCCAUGAACGGAUCUCCAGUGUGCGGAGUCUUGUUCCGCAGGACAGACUACACGUUCAAGAGCGACGCGAAGACGUUGUUGGUUCACAGCAUACACAACCACCCUUAUCUGAGGACGCCAUCAUUUCGUCCUCAAUGCGGCUGCGAAACGCGGGAACGAGCGAGGCAACAGAUUUGCUGCCAUCAUCUCCUUCCCCAGGAGGUAGACAGCCUGAAAUGCUCGACACAAUAGGGGAGGACGACAGCUCGGACGCGCGCGACGAGCAAUACUGGGGAGAGGUGAAUGCUUUGAUGCAACCAGAGUCGGAGUCUCACUUCUUCGCCCCGACGCGGCGAGCCCGCCUCGGGGCAGAGCAGCGGCUGGUGGCGAGACGGAGAGAGGAGGCGGCCAUGCGCGCGGCAGACGUGGUGCGGAGUCCCAGAGCGAGAGCGCAAGCUGCAGGGGUGGGUCGCAGUCCGAGAAGAAGUCUUGUUGCUGUUGUACCAGCUGCGGCGGGGGCGGAACCGACAUCAGCGUCAGCUAUGGAGGGCGGUGUGGCAGACGCCGUUACCGAUUCCGCCAAUGCGGCGCCGCCUGGUCCACCAGCGGUUGCUCCUCUGGGACGACAAGAGCGAGCACCGUCCGUGGGUCAGACGGAACCGCAGGAGCAGAAAACUGCAAACACGACUGAACAACAAACAAGCGAGGAAGUUGUAGACUUGAUGACAGGAUUCACUCCCUCCCGCAGACCGCGAGUCACCUUUGUCUCGCCCACUUCCUCAGGGUCAAGCAGCGGGACGAGUGGCAGUGGAAGUAGCGGGAGCAGCAGUAGGUCUUCUGAGGUCUACGCCCAGAUGGGCCGGGAGGACGAACAGCCAGCUGGAGCAGGUAGUUUUAUUCGGGCAAACUGGUGUGAUCCUAUCCCGCAGCGCGGACCGACGUUGCAGGCAUCGCCGCGACUGGCGUUUGAGAUCGAGCAGAGCCCCGUUUUAGCUGCCUCUGAUUCGUCGAUUCUCAGCUCCCCACCCCUUUCCUACAGCUUCAGGUUCAAGAGCGGCUUUAGUCCGGGCGGCGGACCGCACAGGAGAAACUUUGCAACGUGCAAUCGUGCCUGCUGCCGCAACGCGCGGUCAAACGAAAAUGGUGGACAGAAAAACAGCGGGGUCGUCGAAGAGGAUCCCUCGAGUCACCACCUGCCAAGAGUGCUCCACUGCUGUCUGAGGCGGAGCCGGUCCGCGGAUUCGCCACUGUUGCGCGCAAGACGACGGAGCCAGUCCCCCGUGUCCUCCCCCCCCGCGGGACAGCGCAGGUGUGCCAGCUGCACCUGGCUGCCGGGGAGCCAGGCCGGCGUUGCGUCCGGUGCGGAGCAGGUCGGAGGGUGCCUACUCAGGUUUUUCCCGGGAACGGCAAAAGCCAAAAUAGCCGAUGAUAAAUCUACUUGUUCUUCGGGAAUGAAUUCUUGCACGGUCGGGGGUGAGCAGAAAAAUAUUAAGCAAGACCAGCAAGGAGCGAAACAAACAACCGAGCUGCACACCGUAGCAACGUCCAAACCGCCAGCUAAUCUUCUCCGCAGCUGCUUGGCCCGGUUCCGGGGGGAACCCCGAACGGAAGCCACGAAACACGUCCACUGGGGUGACAACCAGCUGUGUGGGCUGCAUCGGGAGCGCCACGAAACAGAUAUCUCCGAGCUCGCCCGGACGGCGGAAAUUCAGGAGCGAUUCCUCGGGCUGCAAGAAAGACAGGGAGACCGCAGCGGGGUGCACAACAUGUUGGAACAACACCGGCCUGCCUCCUCUUCCUCACGGAGAAGCCAAUCAGCAGGAGGUUCUGCGCGAGCUCGAAGGUUCUUGGCUCCCUGGCAGUAGCAGCUUCCGGGUUGUAGUGGGUUGUUCUGCGUAAUAACAAAAGCAAGAGCUGCUGUGGCGGUCGAAGUUUCGACAAAGUAAGAUCGUAAGUACUUCUGAACAACAACUUCUUCGAUGCUUGCACAGCAUCUGGAGCUCUUUGGUCUCCUCACGAAUCAAUUUCACCGAUUAAAGCAAUAAACUGGUAUCUAUUUUUGAACCGCAUCAUGUUCCUCUGCAGGCAAAAAAUUCCCCAUUUGCACCAGGGAUGAUGUGUAGAGAUGAUGGAACAUAGGUGAGUUCCGCACUUUCGAAUUUUUCUGGUGCAACGAACGCAAAUCUUUCUCUUUUCUGCGGUGAGUGUAAAACCAAGCAUGCCGCCCAAUUUUCAAACUGCAGAAAAAAUAAAACAUUAAAGCAAGCGCACAACAGAAAUACUACAAUAAUGCGAAAGUCCCUUACUUCGCUGGUUUCAGUACACUACCGACAAUCAUCAUGAUGAAAACCAAUCACUUUAUUUAGCUAUGCCGGAUCGCAGUUGCGAUGAUAAAAAAGGCAGCAUUGCAAUGGGCCCAGUUUACUUUGUCUAAAACUGAGUCUGUUGUAGAGCGCCGCGGCCACUGCAUCAAUCGAGAAUACAGAACGCCUUCUGCUUUAUUUCCAGCGAGUGGUAUUAUUUUCAAGAAAGGAGUAGAAAAUCAAAAUGAAAAUUCGAAUUCGUUCGUGGCGCCUCACGAAUUCCGGCGAAGCAACGCAAGCGGCGAGGUUCUUGGAGUUACUCAAAUUAUACCCGCAAGAAAAUGAACUUUUUUUUCACGCCCCAAUUAGAAUACAGAAAAACAGAUAAGGUGGUGCCCAUCGACUCACUCUAAGAACUGAAAAUCCGUCUUGGAAUACGCACGCCGUACAACUAAGCCCCGGAUGAAAAAGAACACUCUCCUCAAAUAAAAAACUUUUCCUGUCUUCGCACAGCGGCCAUCUACUGCUGGCACUCGAAUUCGCAGCACCCUCGUCUUCAUCCCCGAUGCGUACGCUUUUGAAAUGAAUUUUGUGCCCUGGUCUUCGUCUUUUUUCACUAGGAAUAAAUCUAUCACGUCG